AGCGCUCGGUGCAGCGGUAGAGAGGGAGGAUGUGGGCGGUGGGCGGUGGACGGAGACCGUCGUCACGUCUGUCCAGCACCGGGCUGCAGCCUGUUGAUGUGGAUGUGAACCACCGAGAGGUGCAACAUUGCUUGAGGUCAUAUUUGGAUUUGACUCGUCGGCUGGCCGCUGCGUCAUGUCCUCCUCCCGCUGCCCAUCACAGACAGACGCAGGUCGGUGUUUGGAACAGCGGCGGAGCCACAUCCAGCCCGCCCAGUGCUGACAGCGACACACGGCUGAGAGGUAACGGAACGCGCCGUCAGGCUCCGGGAGCGGCGGUGCCCUGGUGUUCGGGGUGGAAGCGGGCCUCUGGACGUGGAGGGGAUGGCGGAUGUGGAUGCAGCAGCGACAGUGAUAUGGCCUCCUGAUGCAUCUGUCCAACCAUCAUGCAGUGUUCCUGGAAGUUCAUGGUGCUGCUAGCGUUAGCCUCCAUAGCCAUCCAGUACACUGCCAUCCGCACCUUCUCCACCAGCCGUUUGGGCCUGCUGUGCUCUGUGGGCUUGGCACCCUCAGGUCACGCCGUCAACUGCAGCCCCAAAGAUCUGGCACGAGUGACCCAGCAGACGCUUGACGGUUUUGGCUGUGACGACAUUUUCUCCCACAACUCCUCCUCCCGCUCUUUCCCCCUCCCCACCUAUGAUACCAAAAAGAGAACCCACAUCCUCAUUCUGGCCACCACACGGAGUGGAUCCUCAUUUGUGGGUCAGCUGUUCAACCAGCAUCCAGAGGUCUUCUACUUGUUUGAACCUUUGUACCACGUCCAAUUGGCACUGCUUCCUCGGCUGGCGCAGAGUCGAAACCUGGCUGAAAGGAGGGCGAUGCUGGGAGCUGCCAGAGACCUGUUGAGGUCACUGUACCACUGUCACCUUAACAGCCUGGAAAGUUAUAUACAACCCCGUCCUGCCAAUCACUCUACUGAUAAGCUGUUCAGACGAGGAGCGAGCCGCUCUCUGUGCUCCCCUCCUGUAUGCGAGGCUUCUCUGGACCCAAAGGAGCAGAGCCUGGUGCUGGCGGAUGAGGGGGAGUGUGUGAGGAAAUGUGGGCCACUUAAUGUGUCACUGGCUGCCGAUGCCUGUCGAGCAAAGCGCCAUGCAGCUAUUAAGACGGUCCGGAUUCCACAAAUCACUGAUCUCAGAGCGCUGAUCGAAGACCCAAGACUCAACUUGAAGGUGGUCCAACUUGUUCGAGAUCCACGUGGCAUCCUGGCUUCUCGUAUUGAGACAUUUCGAGAUACUUACCGGCUGUGGCGUCUGUGGAGAGCAACUGGACGUCGACCCCACAACCUGGACCUAGGACAGAUCAAUACAGUGUGUGAGGAUUUCCUCCGCUCUGUGUCAACAGGCCUGGCCAGACCCGCUUGGCUCAAAGGGAGGUACAUGCUGCUCAGGUAUGAAGACUUGGCCAGGUUUCCACUUGAAAAGACCAGGGAGCUCUACAGCUUCCUCGGUCUGGUUCUGGAUCACAGUGUGGAAGAUUGGAUCAUCAACAACACCCGUGGCAGCAGUGACCUGUCAUCCCGGCAGAAGUUCACCACAGUUCGGGACUCUGCAGCGAAUGCAGAGAACUGGAGGGUCAAGUUAUCCUUUGACAUGGUGGUUUAUACCCAGACUGCCUGUCAGCCACUGCUGGGGCUCCUUGGAUACAAAACAGUAUUCCAUCCCAGAGAACUGAGAAACCUCUCACAUUCUUUAGUGCAGGACAGGAGGUUCCUCCCGUUUUAUUAAACUCAUGACGACAUCAUGUAGUGUGGGUUUAAGAAGCCACCAAGACUGGAUAGUACUGUAGUUUCUGGAACAGAGCUAUGUAAACAAAGCUGUGAUCUGAUAUUCUCUCUGUUUGUGGUGGAGAAAUCAGUUUAAAAUUUAAAUUUAUAAUAAAAAAUUCUCAAACAAUCAGAAAUCCUCCCUGGCAUCAGUGUUGGCUGGGGACCUGAGGUGGUCAGGCGUAAUUUUCUUAAUUUAUUUUUCAUUUUAUUUAUCUUGUUCAUUUACUUCCUGACCAAACAACUGACUCGUUUUUAGGCCUUUAACCCAUGUACCAUUUGUCUUAAUUAAACCACAUUAAGGCAAUAAAUAUAGUACAAAUGGAUAACUGAAA